AUGCUGCGGCGCACGCUGCAGUGCCUCCUGGAGAAGGAAAGGGCCACCACCGUGAGGCGCGCCGUCAUGGCGAAGGCCCGCCCAAACAGCAGCCACCACAAUAGCGGCAGCGGCAGCACCGACGAGAACAACGCCAGCAACGCCAAGGUGGACGAGAAUAUCGUCCGUCACAUUGGCUUCGCAGCUGACACGCAGCAUAGUAGCGUCAUAGACAUAGAAACGGACACGGCUGCACCACCGCAGCCACCGCAGCCGUCGUCGAUGGAGCCGCCCCGCAGCGACGCCUCUGAGGACGCCUAUCGCUUUCUGCUUCACCACAUCGAUUCCGAGAUUGCGGCGCUGAAGCGGCGCGUCAUGACGGUGGGGCGGCAGCGCACGGACAUCGAGAGCAGUCAGACCCGCCGCAUCCGCGAGCUGUUCGAGUGUAUCGAGCGUCCGUGGCUGCUGCUGGAGUCGAUCCCCGCGCCGCAGCUGCCCAACAAGGCGCUCGAGGUGUACGCGAAGGAGCAGGCCACGAAGCAGCGCGGCAACAGGGGCGUGGACGUCGAGCACGACGCCGUCUUCCUCGACGCGUGCCGGCGCAACUGGCGGGGAAUGCCAAUUGCGCACCGCAAGCUGUACGAGGUCGCCGCGCGCCGCAACGAGCACCUGCGAAAGGAGCUCAAGAAGAAAAUGGCCAACGGCUGCUCCUUCUUUGAGGACUUCUGCGAGCAGGUGAAGGAGUGGACGGCGGAGACGGCGCGUGACGAAAUGAGGCAGGCGACGCUUCGCAAACGCGGGCCGCCGGCGCGGUCGAAGACGGCAGCGACGGCAAAAGAAAAGAAGUCGCCAAGCGCCGCCGCUGCCGCCGCCAGACUCGCAGGGGAAGGGACCGCAGAAGAGGAGGUGCAGGCGCCAACGUUGCGCGAUGCCCGUGCUCCGCGGAAAGGGCCGGUGCAAAGGAAGCCGGCGGCGAAGACGAGGGGAAGCGCGCCCGAUUCGCCCGCGCAGCAGCGGAAGUCGAAAACGUUAAAGGUUCAUAGAGCGAAAAAGCCGGAAGCCCGCCGUAAGACCUCGGCGAAACACAAGAAGAAGUGA